UCCUUCCACUUGGUGAGGAGGUCCUAGUCCAAAGCAAGCCCGCCUGCUGCCCGGCCGCCUCUUGUCCUCCUCGCAGGAGCAGCAGCAGCCCAGUCUCCCCAGUCUCCCUCUCGCACACUCUCUCCCGAGGAGCAUGGCACUGGCGCUGGGGACACACCUGGGACUGGCCGCCCUCCUCCAGUUCCUCUUCAUGUCCUGCUUGCCCAGAGAGUAUACAGUGAUCAAUGAAAACUGUCCAGGAGCUGAGUGGAAUAUCAUGUGUCGAGAGUGUUGUGAGUACGAUCAGAUCAAGUGUGUGUGUCCUGGACAGAAAGAAGUGGUAGGUUACACCAUCCCCUGCUGCAGGAACGAAGACAAUGAGUGCGACUCCUGCCUCAUCCAUCCAGGCUGCAUGAUCUUUGAGAACUGCAAGUCCUGCCGCAAUGGAUCCUGGGGAGGAACCCUGGACAACUUCUACAUCAAGGGUGUCUACUGCGCUGAAUGCAGAGCAGGAUGGUAUGGAGGGGACUGCAUGCGGUGUGGGCAAGUUCUCCAAGCUUCAAGAGGUCAAAUUUUGUUGGAAAGUUACCCACUGAAUGCCCACUGUGAGUGGACUAUACAUGCCAAACCCGGGUUUGUUGUUGAGUUAAGGUUUGCAAUGCUAAGUUUGGAAUUUGACUACAUGUGCCAGUAUGACUAUGUGGAGAUUCGCGAUGGGGACAGUGUUGACAGCAGGAUCAUUAAGCGCUUCUGUGGGAAUGAUAGACCUCCGCCAAUCCGAAGCACAGGAACUUCACUUCAUGUUCUUUUCCAUUCAGAUGGUUCUAAGAACUUUGAUGGGUUUCAUGCCAUCUUUGAAGAAAUUACAGCUUGUUCUUCAUCUCCAUGUCUGCAUGAUGGAACCUGUGUCCUGGACAAAAUUGGUGGCUACAAGUGUGCCUGCCUAGCUGGCUAUACUGGGAACCGCUGUGAAAGCUUGGUGAUGUGUAGGACUCCAGGUGCUCCUGCUCAUGGUUUUGUGGAAGGAGAUGACUUUAAAUACGGGGCCCACGUUUACUUCAAAUGCAGUGCAGGCUACACCUUAAAAGGCAGCCGGGUUGCCUACUGUCAGCUGAAUGGGAGCUGGUCAACACACCAUCCUGGAUGUGCCAUUGAAGACAGAAACUGUUCAGAUCCUGGUGCUCCACUCAAUGGGUACAGGAAAAUGAUGGAAGAUAGUGCGCUUCUGAAUGGUCACAAUGCAAGAAUUGGAACAGUCAUCAACUUCUUUUGCAAUAAUUCCUAUAUUCUUAGUGGCAGUGAGCAAAGGACCUGCCAAGAGAAUGGAGAAUGGUCAGGGAAACAGCCAAUCUGCAUAAAAGCUUGCAGAGAGCCAAAGAUCUCUGACCUGGUGAGACAGAAAGUUCUGCCAAUGCAGGUUCAAUCAAGAGAGACUCCUUUGCAUCGGCUCUAUUCAUCUGCAUAUAACAAGCAAAAGCUGGAAGCAUAUCCAACCAAGAAACCAUCAUUGCCAUUUGGAGAACUUCCUUCAGGUUUCCAACAUCUUCACACACAGCUUCAAUAUGAUUGCAUUUCUCCCUUCUACCGCCGCCUAGGAAGCAGCCGAAGAACGUGCCUGAAAACAGGGAAAUGGAGUGGAAGAGCUCCUUCUUGCAUUCCAAUCUGUGGAAAGACUGAAAACAUCACUCUUCAAAAACCAUCCACAACCAGGUGGCCUUGGCAAGCAGCUAUCUACAGGAGACCCAAUGGGGUGAAGGCCCCCACUCAUAGAAAGGGUGCAUGGAUACUGAUUUGCAGCGGAGCCCUGCUGAAUGAACGCACAGUGGUUGUGGCAGCUCAUUGUGUCACCAAUUUGGGGAAGAUUACAGUUCUUAAAACAGCAGACAUCAGAGUUGUUCUUGGGAAGCACUACAGAGAUGAUGAUAGAGAUGAGAAGACUGUACAGAAUUUACGGAUAUCAGCCAUUAUAGUGCACCCGAAUUAUGACCCCAUAUUGCUUGAUUCCGACAUAGCCAUCGUUAAACUCCUGGACAAGGCCAGAAUCAGCAAUCGUGUCCAACCCAUAUGCUUGGCCUCAAUGCGUGAUAUUGACCCACCUGCUGAUGACUUACAAAUAGUGAUUACUGGUUGGAAGAUCCUAGCAGACAUUGCCGAUCCAAGCUACAAGAAUGACACAAUCCGUAUGGGGAGUGUUCAGAUAAUCGACUCCUUGCUGUGUGAGCAGCAAUAUGAGGAAAAUGGUAUCCAGGUCAGCGUGACUGAUAGCAUGUUUUGUGCCAAGCAGCACCCUACUGCAUUUUCCAAUAUCUGCCCUGCCGAGACUGGAGGGAUUGCAGCAAUACCUUUGCCUGGAAGAUCAUCUCCUGAAUUAACCUGGCAUCUCAUGGGGUUAGUGAGCUGGGGCUAUGAUAAAACAUGCAGUCUAGAACUCUACACUGGUUACACCAAGGCAAUUCCUUUCAAAGACUGGAUUGAGAAGAACAUGAAGUGAACCACACAAUCCAAAACUGUUUCUUGUCUUGUUUUAUGUUAAAUGUAUUAGUUUCUCUCAUAGUCUUUGAUGCUUUAUGUGUCUUAUUGCAUUGAUGGAAGACUUAUGGGGGGAAACUAUAAAGCAGGGGCCACUGAAAUUUGCUGUGAUAUCUAGCUGUUCAGUGAGUCCAUCCAUGCCAGAGGCUCUGAGGCCCCUUCUACACUACCAUAUAAUCCAGAUUAUCAAAUCAAAUAAUCCAGAUUAUCUUCUUUGAACUUGAUUAUAUGAGUCUACACUGCCAUAUAAUCCAGUUCAAAGCAGAUAAUCUGAGUUUUAUAUGGCAGUGUAGAAUGGGCCUGAGUGUGACAGAUGGUUGACAUGGCUCAGUUGUACCUUUUCUCCUGGUGGGAGCAGGUACACUUGGAUUAUGGGCUGUAGUAGGAACAUGGAUAACCGGAACUAGCUGUAUUCAUUCCAUAUUUAAAUAUCAUCUGCGUAAAAUAUUUGGGAGAUAUUUUCAUUGAAGUCUAAGAUAGUAAAUUGGAAAAAAUAAUUAAGAGACUAGAUGAUGUGUUAUAGUCAAAGCUGUCUGUAUUUGCCAUAUUUUAUAUUCUUUUCCCUCUCAAAUACCUUACACAUUCAAAUAAACAAAGGUUUGUUUUAAAUAUGAGAACUAACAUUUGAAAAUGUAUUUGGAUGAACUGCCUGCCAAGAAAUGUCUGCAUGUCUGCGAUGGGAUCGUGAAUAGGGGAAAGAAUUCUGGGUCUGAUUCAGAGCAUACACUUAUAUCAUGAGUUGUAUUGCUGCAGUUGUUAUGUGCCUUUGAAAAGUUCAAAAAGUAAAUUUUCUAAGCUCUGCUGACAAGUAUAAUACCCUUCCCUAACCUGGUUUCUUUCAAAUGUGUUUGCCAACUUGGUUAUCAUGGAGUUUAUUCACACCAGCCUCUUGUCUUGUCACAAUCCCAUUGUUUAAGCAAACAGAAACAUGCCAUUAUUGGAAUUAUCACUUUCACAUAUCGGUGCAAUUGCAUGAUUCUGACACUCCGUGUAAAAUCAAUUCUCACCCAGCCUUGCUUCCUACCCAUGCUUACCCUACCCACUGUACGUGCAGUCGUCCCCCCCAUUUUGCCUCAACUGCAAAGUUGCACAGAUGCAGCAUUUUUACUUCCUAAACUUUGUUAUAUUGGGAUUACAGCAGAAAAAAAAUUACACAAGGAAGAAUGGUGGAACAAUGGUGAUAUUAAAUCGAGUCAAUUCAAGUUUAGUGCUACUUUUGAGACAGCCACAAUAUUAUGUGGUAAUCCACAUAUAAAACCACAUACACUUGUCAAGCCUUCACAGCAACCUAUAAUGUUUUUCCAGGGGAGACUAGGGUAGAUUUAAACAUCUAGCUUUACUCCGUUUACAUUAAGAGCAGAAGUAACAAGACUACCCCACAUGAGGUAUGCUUUCAAGAUCUAGAGCAUGUUAAAAUGUGCUGUUUUCUGGAAGAUAGUACCUUGUCUUCCUAGAAUUGUUGCAAUGGGAAUUGUAUGGCCAUCCAGAUGCCGUUGAAUUGCAACUUUCAAAUUGGUCAUGCUAACAAGAGCAACUAAGAACUGUAAUCAUACAUCUGGACGGUACCAUUAGUCCCGUUCUUGUACCAGAACAAUCACCAUCAUGGUUUGACACAAUUCCAUAGAAGUAACAUACCUGGAGAGAUACCUACAUAUCUUAAAGUCGCCAGAUCUUUUCUGAUCCUGGAAGGUAAGCAAAGUCAUUCCUGAUUAGUACUUAGAUGGGAGACCUCCAGAGGAUCCAGGGUACAGUAGUCUUUAUUUCAGACGAAGAAACUGGUAAACCAUCUCUGAGUAUUCUCUGCCUAAGAAAACUCUAUGCAAGUCAUGGAGCUGUCAUAAGUAACAAGCAAUUUGAAGGCACAUACUGAGGCAAAUUUUAUAGGAAUCUAUGUUUCAUUUUUGUUAUUUGCUCUCACACCAACUUUGGCCAAUGGUGAACCCUUGAAUAAGAGAUCACCAAAAGCAACAGUCAUCUAUUGUCAUCUGUAAGUCGUGCAAACACAUUAGCUUUAGGUUUAUUCAUCUGUAAUGUAGUCCUCCUCUUUUCCUAUUGCUUUCUACUUUGUCAAGCAUUAUCAUCUUUUCCAAUGAGUCAUGAUGGAUUGCAGUUUUCAGUCUUCCUCAUCAUUGUCUAUGCUGGUCAGAGUUGUUUGGAGUUGCAGUGUAACAAAACCUGAGGGGCUGAACAGCUCUUAUCCCUUUUGGUCAUAUGAUCAGUUUUAUAUUGCUGCUAUACACACCAAGUAGUUCCAAAAGUUUGAUUCAAGAGAAUAUAUUUAUUUCCAGAGACACGCCAGACAGUUUUUUUUAACUGUCACAGUUCUCAAGUGAAUCACCCUACAAAAAGAGAAUUGAUAGCAUGUAUUCAUGCUAGUGUGACUUUGGGAAACCCUGAAUGAGCAUGACACAGAGCAUACAAACCUAUCAUACAUAACUUGACAUUGCACUAAGUACUGAGAAAUGGAAUGUAUGUACUGCAGCAAGUGAAGAAUAUCAGGUCUUGCUGAAAUAAUGCUAACUAACAUAAAAUGUCUGUUUUGCAGUUUCAUCCAUGCUUGCUAUCAUUCUUUGAGGCAAUCAUUGCAUAUUGUGCAUGAACACAGGUUUGUAACAAGUUGGACAGAAAUGAAAUGGCCAAAAAUCCUGUUUGUUUCACAAUUGUAUGAGGAAAUAACUCAAUUGUGUGUUUUUUUUCUGUUGCAGUAAUCUAACAACCCUGCCUGCACAACCGUUAAGUGGAUUGUGCAAGAGAUGAGUGUAGAAAUACUGGAAGUCCGUACAGAUGGAGUGAGUACAGAAAGAUUGGGAGUCAAUAAGCAUAAAAUAGUUUUAUAAGGGGGCACUAGCCUUAAGGCAUAUAGCACUAAUCCUAUCAUUAUGCAGAAUGAAGUAGCCAACUUAGUGUAGAGAAGUUCCUACUUUUUUAUUAGAAGUGAUGUGAGAAUUUGGGAUGUUGAGAAUUUUUUCUAAAUAUUAAGGUGGUGUUUAUUAUAUACUAUAAUUGUCCUUAACUCCCUUUAGAUUUAGUAGGGCAUGAUGCUUUGAAAUAAUAUUUUUAUUACCUGUCAGGGCACCUUUUUACAUGAAUGCAUUAGUAGGAGUGAAGACUAGAGAGAUACCAUCUUGCCUUCACCUAAUGCAGAAAACUGGAUUGUACUAGCCCUUGGGGAUGCAUAAUAGGGCUGUGCAAUCAAUGAAAAAAUGUUUCAAAACCCUUUACAAAAUUAGAGGGUGCCAGUGUUUUGUUUCUAAAGUGUUUCUAAAGUAUAAUUAGUGAAGAUUUCAUUACUAUAACGAGAUUGUUUUGUUAUUUUUCGUUAUAGUUUCAGAAUGUUUCACUUAUCCACAAAGUUUUGAGGAAUUUUCGAAGUUUUUAUAAACAACCUUUUUUUUAAAAAAAACAAAAACAAAACUACAAGAGCUAUCUCCUUGAAUUUUCUAUACAGUGACGCAAGGUAACAGGGGAUCAUUCUCUCCAACCUUCAGAAAUAUUCAUCCAUUUACUGAUUUUAGGAUUUUUAAAAAAGUUUUGACAAAAAUAUUUUUAAUAUAUAAAAGCCACAACAGCGGUCUCAUUAAAUGUCUCUCAUAUUAACCAAUAGAACUUCCAUUUAGAGAUUUCUUCCCAGCCCAGCGCAGAAAUUUACUUAUUAGAGGUGUCAGUCCUCCUCUUUGCAGAUUCAAUAAUUUAUUGGAACUCUGGCUAGCUGCUGGUAAGAGGGACAAUUUUCUCCCCUAACCUGAUCGGGGCUUUCUGAUGCUGAGCAGAAUUCUAGGAAAUGUAGUUUAGGACAAGGCCUUCUGAAGUCUCUGGUAUAGGGCACCUCACUUUUCCAAACUACAUUUCCCAGAAUUCUGUGCUUUCUUUCCCAGCAAACUCUGCUUUCUCCCUGCUGCUUCCCUCUCCUAAUGGUGAGAGGCCAUUAAUUUAAAGAGCAGUGGCAGCCUUUUUUACUUUGCUUUGCUUGCUUGCGCUAAAAAUGAAACUGACUUUGGGAGGCUUCUGAGGUAUCACCUUGUUGAUCCUGUUUAUGAGGACUAACGAUAAUUUUACCCAGCCCUAAUACAUAACAACUAAGUUAAUGAAAGAUAGAAAGAAAGAGAAUGGUUGAAAUUGAGAUGGAAGAUGGUAUUAAUUUAUAUGACAGUAAUCUUUAAAUGGAUGAGAAACACGGUCAAAACCUAAACUUUCAAUGUAACCUAGCUGUAAAAAAAGAUGGUAUUCUUUAUAAAUAUCACAGUCUUUUAUGUCCCCUCUGCAUAAUCUUUGGCGUAUGAACAAAUGGUUGAAUUCCACCUCUCUCUCUCUAUAGGGAGACCCAAUCAAAGAGAGCUCCGCUCAGCUAGUUUUCUUCACCCUAGAUAAACUCUCUUCUGGAGGUAAGACUACCUAAGACCCUUUCUACACUGCCAUAUAAUCCAGAUUAGCAAAUCAGAUAAUCCAGAUUGUUCUGCUUUGAACUGGAUUAUCUGAGCCUAUACUACCAUAUAAUCCAGUUCAAAGCAGAACAAUCUGGAUUUUAUAUGGCAAUAUAGAAGGGGCCUAAGACACUAGGGACUUCAUCCCAUGGUUUAUAACUCCAUUUCCAUGUGCUUCAGAAACAGAGCCCCACAGGAGUCCCACAAAGGCCAUUACAUGACAUAAGGGCACUUCUGGUGGGACUCCGUGGGGCUCCGUUUCCACAAUAAAUGGAAACAGAGUCCUAAAGCCAUCUUCAGGAGUUGGGUGUAACCCAACUCCAAAUGGCAGAAAGUGACAGAAAGCAGGGAAAAGACAGAUCUCAUUGCAAAAAGGACUUGGGAUGGCUGGCCAUCCCAGAAGGCGGGGAAAGGUGGGAGGGAAUGGGGUAAGACAGUUCCCUCCACUUUCCCUGCUUUCCUGCUGCUCAUGGAAUCAGGUCCUAGGAGAUAAAAGUUUGAAUGCCUGCUCAACCAUGGAAACCCAAGUCAGAGUCUCCCAGCCUUAGGAGAAAACAGUCUUGUGAGUAAAUCUUGCUAAGAAAGGUCCAUGAUAAACAUACCUUAAGGUUAACUCUAAGCCAGAAACACAUAACAAUAGGAAGUCAUUUACUUUUGGCUUACAUUCUAUUGCCAUGGCAACUUAGUAGGAGAUCCAAAAGGCCUGUUCAAGGCUUUCUCCCAUUCCAGUUGUGUAAAAACAAUAUUCCAGGGUCUCCAGAAUGAAAAGUGGAGAAAGAUACUGUCCUUUUCAUGUCUGCAGAGAAUUGCAGUACCUGUUGUUUAUUCUGCAAACAAGUAAUACUUACUGAAAUCCCCUCUUUAAAUAAUAAUAAUAAUAAUAAUAAUAAUAAUAAUAAUAAUAAUAAUAGUAAUAGUAGUAGUAGUAGUCCUUUACCCAACCAUUAAAGGUACAAAAGCCCUCAUUAGUUUUUACUGUCCAGUUUUACCCUAAUUUUGGGGCAGGAUGUUGUCUAGAAGGAAAUUUGAAUGACCGUGAGAGGACAGAAUCUUUAGGGGGGAAAGACAGAUUCUUUUAUCAGUGGUAUUCCAAACAAGGGAAUAUUUCACACACUCCAAGAUAGAGAAGCCAGAAUAGAGGGAAGGCAAGUCAACAAGGAGGCUGUUUCUGUAAAUGUAAGUAAGAGCUUGGCUACGGAUUGCACCACACAUUACAUUGCAUUGGCCAAAAAGCACAAAACAGUGGAUGAAGAUGAACUGCGUGGAUGUAAAGGAGGCAUUUCACUGAUAAGCACACAAGUCCAGUGCUGUAAAAUCACUUCCAUGCCUUUGUUCCUGAAGCACAGUUGUGUAAUGUUAGAUCCUGUUCUUAGUGAUAAAGGUUCUUUUUAGUUGGCCAUGUUUAUUAUUUCAUAUGUUUCCAGCCCAGCCUCUAAUACUGUCAUUUCAUACUUUUCAACUGCUUUUACAUUUCUGACAUACCAGCGCAACCAACAAAAAUCUGCCAAAGUUGAUUUUUUAAAAAAGAAUGCUGAACAUGUGCAGUUUUACACUUCACUUAUGUCAUGACACCAAUGUGCUCUCCCGUUUUGUUGUUAAUGUACUUUUAAAUUUUUUUUAAAGUGUCUGUACAUUCUUUGUUUACUUUUUGAUUGAUUUUAGCUGUAUUCUGUUUUACAUUUAUGUUGUAAACAACCAUGGGUCUUCCACUGGGAAAAAUGAAAUAUAAAUAAACAAGUAAUGAUGUUCAGGCCCAGG